AUGAUGAUAAGUUCGAUUAUCUCAAAUUCACAACCACGUUCUGUUGCUGUUGGUGAUGUCAACAAUGAUAAUCAAAUGGAUAUUGUUGUGGCCAAUUCUGGUACAAAUACUAUUGGAAUAUUUCUCUCAAAAGGUAAUGGAAUUUUUGAAGAACAACAAAUAUAUCCAACUGGUUAUCAAUCUUUUCCUUAUUCGAUUGUUGUCAGUGACUUUAAUAAUGACAAUUAUUUAGAUAUUGCUGUUGCUAAUUAUGGUAUUAACAGUAUAGGAAUAUUUUUCGGACGUGCCGAUGGAAAGUUUUUUAGUCAAAAACUGUUUUCAACUGGUUCUUCUCAUCCCUUGUUUAUUACUACUGGUGAUUUUAACAAUGAUAAUCGAAUGGAUAUAGUGAUCGCUAACUAUGGCACUGACAAUAUUGGUAUCUUUCUCGGAUAUGGCAAUGGAUCUUUUCAAGAUCAAACAACGUAUUUUACUGGUUAUGAUUCUAUUCCAUUUUCAUUAGCUGUUGGUAAUUUCAAUAAUGACAAUAAUUUAGACAUUGCUAUUGCCAAUUAUGGUACUAACAACAUUGGUAUCUUUCUUGGUCAUGGUAAUGGAAGUUUUCCAAGUCAACAAACAUAUACAACUCUUCUGAAUUCAAAUCCAUCUUCGAUUGCCGUUGGAGAUUUUAACAAUGAUAAUCAAUUAGAUAUUGUUGUUGCCAAUAAUGGGACGGGUAGUAUAGGUAUAUUUUUUGGUCAUGGUAAUGGCACUUUUCUAGCACAAAAAGAGUAUCCAAUUGGCUUCAAUUCUCAUCCACAACAUAUUACUGUCGGUGAUUUUAACAAAGAUCAUCAAUUGGAUAUUGUCAUUGCUGAUUCAAAUAACAAUCAAGUACAUAUUCUUCCAGGUUAUAGAAAUGGAACGUUUUCAACAAUAACAACAUAUGACACAAUAUCUCAGUCUAAUCCAUUAUGGAUUGCGGUGGCUGACUUUGACCAUGACAAUCAAUCAGAUAUUGUUGUUGCUAACUAUGGUACUAAUAAUGUACUUGUACUUAUCGAUUAUUCCAUAAAACCAUCUGCGAAACAAAAGAUCUAUUAUGAUGGACCACCAAAUGGUGUGGUCACAGUUGCUGUUAGUGAUUUUAACAACGACCAUAUCGUUGAUAUAGUUUUUACCGUAUAUAGCGGCAUAGGCAUACUGACUGGUUUGGGUAACGGAACUUUUGAUAGCAUAGCAACGUAUUCGGCUGGUCAUGCAGCUUUUCUACAGUAUGUCUGUGUUGGAGAUUUGAAUAAUGACAGCAGAAUGGAUAUCGUCGUCGCUGAUAGGAGUUCUGAUGGUGUGGGCGUUUUUCUUGGGUAUGGGAACGGGACUUUUGCUAUGAUGACGAAUUAUUCUACGGGUAUCGGUUCGAAGCCAUGGUGGGUAGCUCUUGCUGAUGUUAAUAAUGAUAACCGAUUGGAUAUUGUUUCGGCUAAUACAUACACUAGCAGUAUAGGUAUUUUUCUUGGACAUGGGGAUGGUAGUUUUGCUACCAUGGUGAACUAUUCUACUGGAAUUAAUUCUCAGCCAUAUUCAGUCGCUGUUGGUGAUAUCAAUAAUGAUAAAUAUUUGGAUAUUGUUGUCACUAAUUGGAAGGGCAGUGUAAUUAUUUUUCUUGGACACGAUAGUGGAACUUUUACAAUAGGAUCAAUACUUUCUAUAGAUGGUAGUCCCUUUUCGAUCACUCUUGCUGAUUUCAAUAGUGACAAUCAUCUUGAUAUUGCUAUCGCUAAUAUUGCUAGGGACAAUGUAGGCGUUUUUCUUGGAUAUGGGAAUGGUACGUUUGCAACACAAACAACUUAUUCAACUGGUCCUGGUUCUUCCCCAUACUAUGUUAUCGUUGCUGAUUUCAACAAUGAUAACAUAGAUGACAUGGCUGUCACCAAUUAUCAACAUCAAGAAGUACUUAUAUUUUAUGGACAUAGCAAUGGAACUUUUCAACUUGAAAGGAGAUAUCCAACUGGAGAUCGAUCGAAGCCAUACGCUAUGACUGUCGCUGAUUUCGACAAUAACAAACAAUUAGAAAUUGUCGUUGCCCUUUUUGGUACUGGAGAUAUAGCAAUCUUAACUGAAUAUUAUGCUGUAGAAUUUGCUCAUCAAACAAUAUAUUCAACUGGUUCUGCUUCACAACCAUUUUCGGUCGCUGUUGGUGACUUUAAUAAUGAUAAUCGAUCAGAUAUCGUCGUUGCCAAUUCAGGAACUGGAAAUUUAAGUAUACUUCUUGGUUCGAAUAAUGGCACGUUUGGUAUGGAAAUGAUGUAUUCAAUUGGUGCUGAUUCUCGUCCACAGUAUGUUUUCACUUGUGACAUCAAUAACGAUCAUAAACUAGACAUAGUCAGUGUUAAUUCAAAAAAUGAUACCUUCAGUAUCUUAAUGGGACAUGGUGAUGGAACUUUUGCAGAACAACUUAUCCAUUCAACUGGAGAUGGCUCACAUCCAUAUGCUAUGGCUUCGGGUGAUUUUAACAAUGAUAAUCGAUUGGAUUUUGUCAUUGCCAAUAAAGACAGAGAUAGUAUUGGGAUAUUUUUUAGCUUUAAUUAUACAACAUUUCAGAGACAAGUGAUCCAUUCAAAUAUCAAUGAUGCAGGAGCAGUUGGAAUUGUUGUUAGUGAUUUUAAUAAUAACAAUUUAUCAGAUAUUGCUCUUGUAUUUUCAGACAGUGGUAGUAUAGGUAUUCUUCUUGGACAUGGCGAUGGUAGUUUUAUUAAUAUGAACAGUUAUUCGACUGGAAAUGGUUCACAACCGCAUGGUAUAGCUGUAGGUGAUUUUAACAGUGAUGCUCAAUCGGAUAUUAUCGUGACUAAUACUGGUACUCAUAAUAUAGGUGUUUUUCUAGGAUAUAAUAAUGGAAGUUUUGCUGCCAUUAUGACAUAUUCAACUGGAAAAGAUUCUACUCCCUACGGCGUCACUGUUGCUGAUUUUAACAAUGAUGGCCUAUUGGAUAUCGUCGUGGCUAGUUAUGAUACCAACAGUAUUAUAGUUUUACAUGGAUAUGGAAAUGCAAGUUUUUCUAUUAUAAAGAUAUAUUCAACCGGAAAAGAUUCUAUGCCCUACGACGUCACUGCUGGUGAUUUCAAUAAUGAUGGUCAAUUAGACAUUGUAGUAGCUAAUUUGGGUACAAACACUGUUGGAGUUCUACUUGGAUACAGCGACGGUACGUUUAGAAACCAAAUGACAUUUUCAACAUCUGAUGGUACUCGUCCGUGUUGGAUAACUGUUGGUGAUUUUGACAACAACAAGCAGCUCGAUAUUGCCACUGCGCUUUGGAAUGAUAACAGUAUUGGUAUUCUUCUUGGUUAUGGAAAUGGAUCGUUUUCUCCUGUUGUGCGAUAUGCAACUGGAGACGGUAGUAAUCCAAGAGGUAUUAGCGUUGGUGAUUUCAACAAUGACAAUCGAUCAGAUAUUGUCAUUCCUAGUACUGGAAGUGAUAAUAUUAUUGUACUUUUUGGGUUAAGAGAUGGACGUUUUCUAUUGGGAAGCGCAUUACCAACUGAAAUCGAAUCUUCACCGAGUGCAACAGCGAUUGGUGACUUUAAUAAUGAUGCUCAGUUAGAUGUUGUCGUUGCCAAUUAUGCGUCGAAAAAUAUAGAAAUAUUUCUUGGAUAUGGCAGCGAACCUUUCGGAGCCGGACGUGGAUAUACUACUGGCGAUGGAUCCCAGCCUCAUUCAGUAGCCGUUGAUGAUUUCAACAAUGAUGGUCGACUAGAUAUUGUCAUAGCUAAUUAUGGUACCGAUAAUAUAGGAAUUAUGCUUGGAGAUGGCAAUGAAGAUUUUGCAACCAUGAGAACAUAUUCAACUGGAAAUGGUUCUGCUCCAUACUCUGUGGCUGUCGGUGAUUUCAAUAAUGAUCAUCAACAAGAUAUUGUUGUCACCAAUUCUGAAAUCGAUAAUAUUGCUAUCUUUUUCGGUUAUGGUAACGGAACGUUUGCAAGUGGAGUGACAUAUUCAACUGGUAGUAGUUCUCGUCCAUACACAGUUACUAUCGGUGAUUUCAAUAACGAUAAUAUAUCGGAUAUUGCUGUCGCAAAUUCUGGAACCAACAACAUAUUUCUACUUUAUGGGUAUGGGAACGGAACAUUCGGAAACAUAACUUCGUAUCCUUUAGGCUAUGGAAAGCGACCUUAUUCGAUUGUUGCUAAAGAUCUUAAUCAAGACAGUUGGUUAGACAUUGUCAUAGCAUGUUACACUACAAACCAUGUAGAAACGUUAAUAAGAUCGUGCUAA